GCUCACGCGCCAUUCUGAAGUACAUUAGGCACUGGGCUCUUGCGCGGUGCGGAAGUGUACUGAGGAACAUCGGAAGUCGUCUGAAGAGAGCGAUGGCGGGUUUGAGUGUGAGAGACCCUGCGGUGGAUCGGUCUUUACGUUCGGUGUUCGUGGGGAACAUUCCUUAUGAGGCCACUGAAGAACAAUUAAAAGAUAUAUUUUCUGAGGUUGGACCUGUUGUUAGUUUCAGGUUAGUGUAUGAUAGGGAGACAGGAAAGCCAAAAGGCUAUGGCUUCUGUGAAUAUCAAGACCAAGAGACUGCACUUAGUGCCAUGAGAAACCUGAAUGGGCGUGAAUUCAGUGGGAGAGCACUUCGUGUGGACAAUGCUGCCAGUGAAAAGAACAAAGAAGAGCUGAAGAGCCUUGGCACUGGUGCCCCUGUCAUCGAAUCGCCUUAUGGAGAUACCAUUAAUCCUGAGGAUGCACCUGAAUCCAUUAGCAAAGCAGUUGCCAGUCUUCCACCAGAACAAAUGUUUGAGCUUAUGAAACAAAUGAAGCUUUGUGUUCAGAAUAGUCCCCAGGAAGCACGGAAUAUGUUGCUUCAGAACCCCCAGCUGGCUUAUGCUUUGCUGCAAGCACAAGUAGUGAUGAGAAUUGUGGAUCCAGAGAUUGCCCUGAAAAUUCUUCAUCGCCAGACAAAUAUCCCACUGAUUGCAGGCAACCCUCAGGGAGUUCACAGUGCUGGACCUAUCUCAGGACCUAAUGUGGUAAUGAACCAGCAGAAUCCUCAGGUCUCUCAGGCCCAGUCAUUGAGUGGAAUACAUGUCAAUGGUGCACCUCCUUUGAUGCAAGCUUCUAUGCAGUCUGGACUUCCAGCACCAGGGCAAAUGCCAACUGCUGUGACAGGACCUGGUCCUGGUUCCUUAGCUCCUGGAGUAGGAGGAAUGCAGGCCCCAGUUGGAAUGCCAGGAGGUGGUCCAGUGCCCAUGGAGCGAGGACAAGUGCCGAUGCAAGACCCCAGAGCAGCUAUGCAGCGUGGGGCCUUGCCUGCCAACGUCCCAACUCCUCGAGGUCUGUUAGGAGAUGCUCCGAAUGACCCACGUGGAGGCACUUUACUUACUGUAACUGGAGAGGUAGAGCCAAGAGGUUACCUGGGACCACCUCAUCAGGGUCCACCGAUGCACCUUAUCCCUGGCCAUGACAGUCGUGGCCCACCCCCACAUGACAUGAGGGGGGGGCCAUUAGCUGAGCCUAGACCUCUAAUGGCAGAGCCAAGAGGACCCAUGCUUGAUCAGAGGGGUCCACCUUUGGAUGGCAGAGGUGGACGAGAUCCCCGAGGCAUGGAUGCACGAGGGAUGGAGGCACGAGCCAUGGAGGCACGAGCCAUGGAGGCAAGAGGAUUAGAUGCCAGAGGGUUAGAGGCUCGUGCAAUGGAAGCCCGCGCAAUGGAAGCCCGUGCAAUGGAAGCCCGUGCAAUGGAAGCCCGCGCAAUGGAAGCCCGCGCAAUGGAAGCCCGUGCAAUGGAAGUCAGAGGGAUGGAAGCCAGAAGCAUGGAUGUAAGGGGCCCGGGUCCUGGCCCUAGAGGACCUAUACCUAGUGGAAUGCAGGGUCCUAGUCCAAUAAACAUGGGAGCAGUUGGCCCCCAGGGACCCAGGCAGGUCCCAGUCAUGCAGGGUACAAGUAUGCAAGGAACAGGUAUUCAGGGUGGAGGGCAACCUGGUGGCUUUAGUCCUGGGCAGAACCAAGUCACUCCACAAGACCACGAGAAGGCUGCUUUGAUCAUGCAGGUUCUUCAACUGACUGCAGAUCAGAUCGCUAUGUUGCCUCCUGAGCAGAGGCAGAGUAUCCUGAUCUUAAAGGAGCAGAUCCAGAAAUCCACAGGUGCUCCCUGAAAAGGUUUUCAGAAUUACCUGGCAACAAAUCUGGAAAUUAUUUCCAUAACUUUGUUGAUGUCACUAAAAGACGACUUUACAUCCUAACCCUUGAAUGAUUCAAAUUGGUGCCAGGUGGAGGACUCCCAUCACCUCUGAGAACAAAAUCAAUUCAUUCUGUUGUCUUAGUUUGUAUAUUUUCUGUAACUUGAAAUAAAGUUUGAAAAGUUUUAUUACACUGCAAAUUAAUACAUGCAACCUUCUUGCUGACCACCAAAGGUAAAGUCUUAGAUGUGUUUUCUACCCUUAGUGGUCAGCAGUAUUGUACUUAAAUGUUAUAUUGCCACAACUUUUUUUUGUAAGUUAAACAUUUAUUCUUCUUAAUAAUAUUUGAGAAUUUAUCAGAAGCAAUGUUUUCUGAAACUUGACUUUUACUUAAUUUGCUUCCAACAGGAAUAAUAAAAUUCGCCCUUUGAGAGCUUACUAGAACUUUUGAGUCUACUGGGAGAAAGUAACACAUGCUUAGAGCUGUAAACAGUUAAAAGACCAACAAAGCAAAGAUUCCAGAAGUACAUUUAGUUUCAAAAAUACAAAUAUCAAAAUACUUUCUUUUUUAACUUCACUUAGCAGACCCAUUCACAUGCCUAGUUAAAGAGUUAAGACUUGCAUUGGCACUGGUUUAAGUAUGUCAACAACACAAAAGACUAAUGACAUUUAUUCUAAAACUCUUCUAUCUGGGUAGUUAAACUUAAAAAAAGGUUUUAAAAGCCACAUUUUUGCAUAUUUGGCAUGAAAUAAGCAUUGAACAAAAAGCAGAUGUACAAAAUACAUUUCAUCUUAUUUUCUAUAAUAUCACUAACCUACAGCUCCCAUAACCAAAUUUAUUCUAGGGAACUAAAGCAGAAGACCUUUUAUAUUUUUCUUCUUUAUUUUAAGAGGACCAAGUGUAGAAGACAAGCAGUCAGAUUAUCAUUAGUCCUUCCCCUGCCUGAUUUAUGACAGAUAUAAACAAUUAGUGCCACUAGCUCUAACCUAUGGCUCUCCCACCCUAGUAUUCUCUCUUUCAUGGUGGCAUUUUAAAGAGGAACAUGGUUUCUCUUCAUCAGGCCAACCUUAAGAGGUGCCUUAAUAAGUAAAGUUCUACUAGAACUACUCUUGAGUCUAUUUAUAUUCUCAGAACCCUACCCCUCCCAGGUUAGGAUUAUGGUCUAGUGAAUUAAAGGCCCGCCAUAGGCUUAGAGAAUGUAAUAGCAUAUUGCUUACCUGUCUUGCAAAAGAAUGCAAAUAAUCGACUUUAUGAGAAAUGUUGAAAUUGAGAAUUUUUUUUUUUUACUCUUAUAUGUAAGACAUUUACAACAACAUUUGCUGAAUAAGGUACUUAAUAUUACAACCUAAAAAGAAAAACUUGCUCAGUAAAGCUGAGAAGCUUGCUAGGUAUCCAGUCUCCCCUAAUUUGGACUUGGAUGUUGAUUUACUACCAUUACCUUUUCUGCCUUCUACCAUUAAUACAUUUCUAGGCCUUGAUGUGUUAAUUUUAGCAACAGUCAUCUUGAACUGUCGAUUCUAAGACACUGAGACCAAGAGUAAAGCCUUUCUCAUUGGGAACUUAAAAGUUUCGAGUGAUUGAUACAAAGAUUCCAAAUCAAAGUCAUUGAAGAUCAAAUUACUAUUUGAUCAACAGUUGUCUAACUAGAACCAUAUUAUUAUGGUUCCACAUUAUAUUUUCCUAAAGCCUUAUUAAAUUUAAGUAGGUAAAUUUCAGGAAAUUUCCAAAGGGGAAGAUAUCCCAAUCUAUUUCUACUAAAAGCCACUGGUAUUUUUUUUUUACUGGUAUCCAAUUAAUAAGUAAAACAAUAAUCUAUUGUGAAUUUUCGUGAGCUACCUUUAUUUUGUUCACCAAUGACUGAAAAAAAAAUCAUUCUUCAAGAUACAUAGGUUUCUGUAUCAUUAGAAACAACCUUCUACUCAUUCUUGGUCACUUUUAAAUUAGAGGAAUAGGUGCUAUAAUGCUAAUUCUAAGACUAUAAUAAUAAGCUGAAGUGUUAUUGGGCACAAUGUUGUGUAGUUUUUCCCCCUUUUUGUUUCUGAUUUUCUUUCCUCCUAGCAGUUUACUGUAACUACUACGUUCCCAGGGCUGGGUGGAUAGAAAAAAGGUAAAAAGUAUUUUGCUUAAUUAUUCCUUAGUAGGUAGGUAGGAAGGAACCAAAAAAUAUAUUAUCAGAAUGCUAAAUUACCUACUUUUAAAACAUUAAAACUCCUUAAUAAAAUAUUUGAAAACUUAAGUCCAUUACUAGAAAUAGUGAAAAGGUGCCCCUAUCAGCUAAAUAAGUCAUAAAAAGGUGGAGUUCAAGUUUUGACAAUUAUUUCCAUGAAAACGAUGCCAGUUGAUGGCAGCAUAGCUGACUUUCAAUUACAAUGCAAUUUCAAUAAUAAUUAUCCUCCCUGGAUUUCUUUUCCCAAAUGGAGAGUACAGAUUAAGUUAGAAAAAGUGCAUUCAUUAAAGAUUUUUUGAAAAGCAAAAAGUAAAGCAGAAAUUGCUAUUUACACUGGAUAAGACUGUUUAAAAUAACAAUAGGAAUGUACAUAGCAUUACAUAGGAAUGGGGUUCUUGGUAAUCUAAUGUUUGUUACACUAUUUAUGCAAAUUAUUGUACUGUUAAUCCUUCAAUAAAUUUUUAUUUUAAAAUGCA